AUGAAAACACGUCCAGUUUCGAUUGUUUCAACAUCUUCUGUCAAACGUCAUCUAUUACAAAUCGCUCUUGCUGUUGCUGUUCUUAGUUCAGUUGCCACCGGUAUUAUAUUACUUGUACAAGGCUCACUGCAAUUAGCAAAAUUAAAAUACUUCGUUGAUGUGGGGCAUUAUCCACUGCAUAUUACGUCAACUCUCUUAAUAUUAUUUGGUUUAUUGUGCUCAAUAACAUUGAUUAUUCUUGCCGUAGCUCUAAUUAAACUAAGUAAAGUAUUAGCAAUUGUCAGUGUGUGUUCAUUGGCAUUAUGUUCAAUUGGUUUAAUAUGUCUUAGUAUAUAUUCAUUUAUAUCAAUUUCAAAUGGUAAAUUGCCAAUAUCCAUCAAUAAUACUUUAAUUAGAGAAUUAGAUCAAACAAAAUUCAAUCUAAAUCGAGAUAUGACUGUGAACAUUGAAAAUACCGACUUAAUGGCCAGAUAUGAAAAGCAGUAUGAGUGUUGUGGCUUAAUAUAUCCUACGGAAGAUUAUAGAGGUCCACCAACAACCAAUAUUAAAGCGUUGAGAGGAGAAUGGCCAAGUGCAGCAUCAGGAUCAAGAGGACGAACACAAACAACAACACAACGAAAUACCCAAGCUGCUGUUUCCUUACCUAUUAGCUGUUGUAAUGAAAAAUAUCGUACAUCAGAGGGAACAUGUAUGGAUAUUGGUAAUGGUACUAGCGCAUCAGUAAAUGAACCAGCAUCAAGAUAUAAUGUAGUGGGAUGUCUUGAAAAAAUAACACAGUCAAAAUAUGAACGAAUACAACGACAAGGUUUUACAACUAUUAUUGGAGCGUGUCUCGCAGUAAUAGCGUGUAUAGGAUUAGCGGCAGCCGUUCGACUAUUAGCCGAGGGUUAUCAAAUUGUUCCCGUACGUUCUACUUAA